AUGGAAUCAACUACUCUAACUUCAGUAGAUUCAUCUUUACUGAGAGAUCGCUAUUAUUUCGAGUAAAUUGUUGAGUAUCUCAAAGCAAAGCCUUUCAAAAACAUAGCUUUAUAGCUGCCAGAUUCAAUGCUGAAUGAUUCAGUUGAUUUGUACAUGAUGUUUAGAGAAGAACUCCCAGAGAGAUACUUCUAUGUACUUGGUGAUACGUCUUAUGGAGAGUGCUGCGUGGAUGAUGUCAAUGCAAGUCAUCUUAAUAACAAUGAUCUGAUUAUUCACUUUGGGAAGUGCUGUCUUUCCACUGCUUCGAAAUCUCAUAUCAGGCCAGAUAAAGAAAUUCUCUAUGUACUUCCUAAAUAGCAAGAUUUAGAUUUCAUGUUGGUUCUAGAUGAUCUUAAAGAAUAACUUCAGACUAUAACUACUAGCAUUCUAAUCUUCCCAGACAUUGUGAUUUUUAAAGAAGUAUCUGAUUACUUUAUGAGUAUAGAGGAUAUUUAACUUAGAGAUAAAAUAAUUAUAGGAACAAUAGAUACCAAUCUUUUCAAUAUCAUUCCAUCUUUACAAAUAAAUAAAGUAUCAGUAGAAUAAUCCACAGAAGAAAAUAAAUUUUAGUAUAAGGUAUUAGGAAGAUCUUUUGAUGAUGCAAAUAUUGACUUAAAACAAGGCUAGUCAUUUGUAUAUAUCAGCUAUCAUGAUAUUUAUUCAAUGGAACAGGAUGAUACCAGCUUAUUCAGCACAUUAAUGAUGAAUGUGGGUAGUUCUCAUCAAAUCUACAAUUACAACAUACUAUCAAAGACUUUAGAUUAGGUAUAGAAAGGCUAAGUGAACAAAGCUUUAAUGCAGAGAUACAAUAACAUUGACAAAAUCAAUGAAUCUUAGGUGCUCGGUAUAUUAAUUGGCACAGUUGCUGUUGAUAACUACAUGGAUAUUAUAAAUAGCGUGAAACUAUCUGUCAUGAAAGCUGGAAAGAAGUAUUAUGAGGUGUUGAUAGGAAAGCUAAAUGAGCCUAAGUUGAAGAAUUUCCAAUUCAUUGAUUUGUAUGUUAUAAUUGGGUGUCCAGAAACAAGUCUAGUUCCAUUUAAAAAGUUCAACAUGACAGUCGUCACACCGCAUGAAUUAUUUAUGGCAUUCGAAGAAGACGCCUUUUAAUGGGAAUCUAAAAUCAUAACUGAUUUCAACUAAAUUCUACCUUAAAUAAAGCAAUAGUAGAAAGAUUUAGACAAGAUACAGAUUGAACUUGAUAAUCAUAAGGUUGAUGAAACACAGUUGGCUUUGAGGUUUGAGUAACUAAGCUAUAAAGGCUUGGAGAUUGGAACAGAAAAGACCCCAGUAUUGCCUAUUCAAAAAGGAUUAGUCGGUAUUGCCUCAUCCUAUUAAACAGAGCCUAAGAAAUAAACAGAAAACGAAGUCGAAUAAGAGAAGUAACUAGUUGAUAUGAAAUUUAGAAAGGCUAAGAUAUACGAUGGACUGAAUGAUGAAUCUUAAAAGGUGUACGACUUACUAAAUAUGAAGUGCACACCCUUAAGAGUUAAGUCUGAAGAUGAAUAAUAGAAUAAAACAGAAGAGGAGCUAAAGGUUGGAGGAAAUUAGAGGACAAAUUAGAGUAAUGUGAGAGAAGCAAAGUAGUGA